AUGUUUACCAAAGUUCUUGCCGCACUCUGUUUGAUUGUGGCUGUUACUGCCGCUCAAAACUACAGACCAGUGGUCCUGAUGCAUGGAAUCAGUCAGAGCCAUACAUCAAUGGAACCAGUAAAGUCAUGGAUUGAACAAGCUUUGCCAGGUAUCUAUGUUGUGAACAUGGAGAUUGGCAAUGGAUUCUUUGAUUCGGUCUUUAUGCAGAUGGAGCAUCAGGUGGCAGAGUACGCCAAGAAGGUGGCUGCAGACCCCAAGUUGGCCAACGGUUUCAACGCCAUUGGUUUCUCACAGGGCACCCUUGUCACCAGAGGCUACAUCCAACGCUUCAACAACCCACCCGUACACAACUAUGUCGGCUGGAACGGUCCCCAGCGCGGCCAGUUCGGCACACCCUACGUCAACAUCGAGUGGGUGGACGAGGCGCUCGCCACCGUCCCCUACGAGCAGUGGGCACAGGAGACGAUCUCGGCGGCCCAGUACUGGGUCGACCCAUACAACAUUGAGAAGUACCUGCAGACGUCGAUGUUCUUGGCCGACAUCAACAACGAGCGUCUAACCAAGAACCAGCUGUACAAGCAGAACAUCCAGAGCCUCAACGCGCUGGUCGUGUCGUACAGCAUCAACGACCUGACCAUCGUGCCACGCGAGUCUGGUUGGUUCUCGUACUACGCCAACAACACACAGAGCACCGUCAUCCCUCUGCGCGAGUCAGAGUUCUACCAGCAGGACUUCAUUGGUCUUCGCGCACUUGAUGAGGCUGGUCGUCUGCACUUCUUCACCACAGACUGCAAGCACUCUGAGCAUCCAACAGAGUCUUGCAAGCCAUUCUUUGAUGACUACACUCUCCCAUGGUUGAACAACACCCUGCAGCACUAA